CACAACCUCUACCAGAGCUCUCAGUCUGUGUUGCUUCUCUGCUCUCUCAACUUUUUUUCUUUCUGAUUACAACUCCUCUGCAACUCUCUCUUUGUAUCCCCCUGGCAGCGGAGGGAUGUUCCCUGGAAGGAGGUUACACCCCAGCUGAACAACUUCACCUUGGAAACUUUUAGGAAAGUCAGGAGGCUGAUAAUAACUUCUUCUCGGGAGAGUUUGUGAAUGGGGAGGAUUUUGGAGAGACUUUUACGCAUCGAGUUGUGAGUGACGCGCAGUGAAGAUGUUAUAAAAGGAAAACGUUUUAUUUGUCACAUCCAAAUCCUCAUUUUCUGCCCUUUUUUUCUUCAAUGGCAAGGGAGCGUUUUAAGACUGAUCGAGUCUCCUGAGAGAAACUUUUGGUGAACUUCUGCAGCAGCAAUUCGUCUUCCCAUCACUUCUUCUUCUUCUUUUUUAAUCCACCUCACAGUCAAACGACCUCUUUUGACCUUUUUCGGGAUCCUUACUUUAAAUUUUCAAUUAACUUCGUUUUGUUUUUUUUGGAAGUACUUUGAGUGGAUAUCAUGGCUCCGGUCGGGCAGGAGAAGCGCGCUGCGCUCUGCCGAGUUUGGGCUCUGUUUUUCGGGCUGCUGGUGUGCGCUGCCUCGGUGACUGGAUGCCCACACAAGUGCAGCUGCUCCGGGUCGCAUGUGGACUGCCAAGGUCUGGGUUUGAAGACGGUGCCUAAAGGAAUACCGAGGAAUGCUGAGCGUCUGGAUUUGAACAGAAACAACAUCACCAGAAUCACUAAAGUGGACUUCUCUGGCCUCAAGAACCUCAGGAUUCUUCAUCUGGAGGACAACCAAAUCAGCGUCGUCGAGAGAGGAGCCUUCCAAGACCUCAGACUGCUGGAGAGACUUCGGCUGAACAGAAACAAACUCCAGUUCCUUCCAGAGCUUCUCUUCCAGUCCAACCCCAAACUAGGACGACUAGACCUCAGCGAGAACCAGAUUCAGGCGGUUCCGAGGAAAGCUUUCAGAGGAAUCACAAGUGUCAAGAACCUGCAACUGGACAGCAACCACAUCAGCUGCAUCGAAGAUGGAGCUUUCCGAGCGCUGCGCGAUCUGGAGAUUCUCACCCUCAACAACAACAACAUCACCCUCAUCCCCCUGUCCAGCUUCAACCACAUGCCCAAGCUGCGGACACUGCGUCUGCACUCCAACAAUCUCCACUGUGACUGUCACCUGUCCUGGCUCUCUGAUUGGCUCAGAGCCCGGCGGGGCUUGGCUCCCUUCACCCAGUGCAUGGCCCCCGCCCACAUGAGGGGCCUCAAUGUCCCAGAUGUGCAGAAGAAGGAUUUUAUCUGCAAUGGUCCAGCACAGACAGAAUCGAGGACUUGUGUUCCUCAGGUAGCCGUUUGUCCGCCAAGCUGCAGCUGCAACAACAACAUCGUGGACUGUCGUCGUAAAAGCCUCACUGAAAUACCAGCCAACCUCCCAGAGGGCAUCGUGGAGAUUCGCUUGGAGCAGAACUUGAUUAAAAGUGUCCCAGCAGGAGCCUUUUCAUCCUACAAGAAGCUCAAGAGGAUUGACUUGAGUAAGAACCAGAUUUCUGACAUUGCCGCCGAUGCUUUCAGCGGCCUCCGCUCACUCACCUCACUGGUGUUGUACGGCAACAAGAUCACAGAGCUGCCCAAGGGAUUGUUUGAUGGACUGGUUUCCCUGCAGCUACUGUUGCUGAAUGCCAACAAAAUUAACUGUUUGAGAGUCAACACCUUCCAGGACCUGCAGAACCUCAACCUGCUGUCGCUGUACGACAACAAACUGCAAACAAUCAGCAAAGGACUGUUCGCCCCGCUGCGCUCCAUCAAGACUCUCCAUCUGGCCCAGAAUCCCUUUAUGUGUGACUGCCACCUGAAGUGGCUGGCGGACUACCUGUUUGACAACCCUAUAGAGACUAGUGGAGCGCGCUGCAGCCACCCCAGAAGGCUGGCUAACAAGCGCAUCAGCCAGGUUAAAGGCAAGAAGUUCAGGUGCACAGGUCAGGAGGACUACCGCAGUCGCCUGAGCGGGGAUUGCUUCCAGGAUCUUGUGUGUCCAGAGAAAUGUCGCUGUGAAGGCACCGUGGUCGACUGCUCCAAUCUCAAACUGACCCGUGUGCCUCCACACGUCCCCGAACACACCACUGACCUGCGGUUAAACGACAAUGAGAUCGCCGUCCUGGAGGCUGCGGGGACGUUUAAGAAGCUGCCUAACUUGAAGAAGAUCAACCUGAGCAACAACAAGCUGAGGGACAUCCGUGACGGUGCGUUUGAUGGAGCAGGUGGAGUCUUGGAGCUGCUGCUGACGGGGAACAAGCUAACUGGACUGCAGGGGAAAAUGUUCAAAGGCCUCAUUGGCCUGAAAACUCUAAUGCUGCGGAGCAACCAGAUCAGCUGCAUUGACAACAGCACGUUUUUGGGUCUGAGCUCGGUGCGUCUGCUAUCGCUGUACGACAACAGGAUCUCCAGCAUCGCCCCGGGAGCCUUCUCCACCCUGCACUCCCUGUCCACAAUUAACCUCCUGUCCAACCCGUAUGUGUGCGACUGUCACUUGUCUUGGCUGGGUCAGUGGCUGAAGAAGACCAGGGUGGUCAGUGGGAACCCUCGCUGUCAGAAACCAGCCUUCCUGAAGGAGAUCCCCAUCCAGGAUGUGGCCACGCCAGACUUCACCUGCGACGGUGUGGAGGAUAAUGGUUGUCUUCCUUCGUCUGGUUGUCCUGACGUCUGCACGUGCACAGACGGCGUGGUGCGAUGCAGCAACAGAGCGCUGCACUCUCUGCCCAAGGGCAUUCCCAAGGACGCCACGGAGCUGUACCUGGAGGGCAAUAUGCUGACAUCUGUGCCCAAGGAGCUGGCAGGCCUGAAGCAGCUGUCACUGGUGGACCUGAGCAACAACAGCAUCAGCACCUUGGCCCCCUUCACCUUCAACAACAUGACUCAACUAGCCACGCUCAUCCUGAGUUAUAACCAGAUCCGCUGCAUCCCGGUCCAUGCCUUCGACGGGCUCAAGUCACUUCGCCUGCUCACUCUCCAUGGCAACGACCUUUCAACCAUACCAGAAGGAGCUUUCAACCACCUCACCGCUCUGUCCCACCUGGCUCUCGGUGCCAACCCCCUGAACUGUAACUGUGACCUGCGCUGGCUCUCUCAGUGGGUCAAAGCUGGAUUCAAAGAGCCUGGCAUCGCUCGUUGUACUGGACCUCCUGACAUGGCCGAUAGGCUACUGCUCACAACACCACUCAACAGAUUUCAGUGUAAAGGUCCAGUAGAUAUCAGCCUGAUGUCAAAGUGCGCCCCCUGCCUGGCGGCACCCUGCCAAAACAACGGUACCUGUGUGUCUGACGCUACUGGAACCUACCACUGCACCUGUCCAUAUGGAUUCAAGGGUCAAAACUGUGAAAUACCCAUCAAUGCCUGUAUUAGUUUCCCCUGCUCUAACGGAGGAACCUGCCACAUCCAUCCUGCCCAUGAAGACCAUUUCAGUUGUGUGUGUCCGCCAGGUUACGAGGGCCAACGUUGUGAGAUAAACCCGGACGACUGUGAAGACAACGACUGUGAGAACAACUCCACCUGCAUCGACGGAGUCAACAACUACACCUGCAUUUGUCCACCCAACUACACAGGUGACCUGUGUGACGAGGUGGUUGACCCCUGUCUCCAUGGUUUCGACCCUUGUCAGCACGACUCAAAGUGUGUCUAUGUCGGCCGCUCUUACAGGUGCGAGUGUUUACCGGGCUAUGUGGGCCAACACUGUGAGCAGGACUAUAAUGACUGUCUGGAAAAUAAGUGUCAACACGGAGCGGAGUGUGUGGACGCCGUCAACGGCUAUACCUGCGUCUGCAAAGAGGGUUUCAGCGGGCUGUUCUGCGAGAACCCUCCACCAAUGAUCCUCCUGCAGACCAGCCCCUGCGACCAAUCGGACUGCCAGAACGGCGCCCAGUGCCUGGUGGUUGCCGGGGAGCCCGUCUGCCGCUGCAUGCCUGGUUUCUACGGCAACAAAUGCGACAAGAUGGCCACCAUUCACUUCCUGGGUCGGGAUGGAUACGUGGAGCUGCCGAGCGCGAAGCUCCGUCCCACCGCGCAUAUUUCAUUACAGGUUGCUACAGAUAAAGACAACGGUAUUCUGUUGUACAAGGAGGACCACGACCCCCUGGCACUGGAGCUGUACCAGGGACACAUACGACUCAUCUACGACAUCGCCACCUACCCACCCACCACUGUAUAUAGCGUGGAGUCAGUGAAUGACGGGCUUUUCCACACGGUCGAGCUGUUGAUUCAGAACCGCUCACUGAGCCUGGUGGUGGAUAACGGCGCCCCCAAGAGCCUGGGCAAGCUAGCACGCCAGCCCUCCGUCGACCACAACACCCAACUUUACAUAGGAGGUGUACCAUCUCAGGUGGUGGCCUCAGGACUACGACCCGGCCCUGAACGCUCCCCUCAGGCUUUUAACGGAUGCAUCCACAAUGUCCGAAUCAACGGGGAGCCCCAAGACCUGAGUUACCGAGCCGCAGGAGGAGCGCGUCCACAAGGGGUCGAGGGCAAGGGUGAGGGCAUUCUCGCCGGGUGUCAUUCCUGCAGUGUGUGCGCCCAGGGUGCGUGCAGGGAGGGCGGAGAGACGGGCGUAACAUGUGAUUGUCCUCCAGGACGCAGCGGGGCCCUGUGUGACCAGACGACAGCACCGAACACCUGUCAGAGCAGCAGAUGUGUUCAUGGUCUGUGUGUGCCGAAGGGUCAGUCCUACAGUUGUCAGUGCACUACAGGCUACCAGGGUCAGUACUGUGAUCGACGGCAGGAGCCUCCAGCCUGCAGGGGGCAGCGCUGUGGACAUGGGGAGUGUCGUGUGUCAGAGGCAGGAGAGCCCGUCUGCCACUGUCAGCCGGGGUACACCGGGACUACCUGUGACACAGAGUUUACAUGUCAAGGAGAGAUGCUGAGGGAGCAGCUGAAGCGCCACCACCCGAUGAGAACGUGCACGUCCACCAGCAAGAUUCCCCGCAUGGAUUGUCCCCGAUCCUGCCAGGCGGCAGCACCCCCGGGCGUUUGCUGUGGCGUCACCAAAAACAGAAGGAGGAAGGCGGUGUUCCGCUGCACCGACGGCACCUCGUACUCCGAGGAGAUGGAAACGGCUCUGGAGUGCGGCUGCUCCAAGUGCCCGUUGUAACAGCACCGUUUGUUACGUUUGUUUUGCAACACCCACCGCUGCCAUUUUGUGAAUUCUACACGUCAACGAGGCUGUCGCUCUGAGAUCUUUCAACGUUCAUGAGCACCACCAUUAUGUGAUUUUUUUUUUUUUUUUUUUUUGUACACAUUCAGUUUCAACGCCGCCAAUUUGCUGCCAAGAGAAACCGCAAAACAAAAAUGGGACAUGUGUGCGUGUGUUUUUUGACAGAGAGAAAAUAUAUUGUAAGAUAUAAGUGAGAAAAAAACAUAGAACUUAUUUUUAUUAUGGAUUUUUUUUUCUAAAAGAUGAUAAAAGGACUGAUAAGUUGUGUUUUUUUUAAUAUGUUGAUUAUAUAAUGUGUUACAUAGUAUGGAAAGUUAUUUUGUACCUUGUAAGGAGAAAAAAAUACACAACAAAAUAGAUUAACAUUCCUUAAAAGUAUAUGAAUUUAUAUGUAUGUAUAAAUCUAUAUAAAUAUAUACCCUAACCCAAUGAAUUCUAUAUUUUCAAAGUGUAUUUGCAUGAUGUUAAUGUGAGUGCUGAUGUGUGGGAGGCUUUGGACACUGAGAGAGGAGGGCUGCGUUGAUUCCACGACCAGGAAAAGGUGGCGGUCUUUUGUUGCCCUCCCUCUUGGAGAGGAAAAGGGAACUGUAUGUGCCUAGCUAACCUGCUUCACUAUAUAAUGGACAUCAUCCUCACAUGUGAGUUCUUUGAGAAACCAUAAAAGACUCUUUCCACAGAGAUGAUUUAA